GGACGACCAACAACAAAAAAGCCUAGGCUGGCUGUCAGCAGCUAGGAGCUGGUGGUGAAAGGUGCUGGGGGAGAAGCAGUGGGACAGGAAAGUGGCAGCGCCUGGGAAGGAAGAAGAGGCACGCAGAGCUCCAGUGGCAUCACAAAAGGACAGAAUGCUGCUGAGAAGAACAUAAGGGCAAAAAGGGAGUGUCGGUUGCCAGGAAACCAGCCCUAGCCAACCUUUGCUAUGAUGGCAGCAGUGAAGGUUUAUGUGGGUCAAAUGUUGCCCAGAAGAUGUGGAAUGAAGAGUUCUGGCAGAACCCCUGGGAUCUGGGGGCCUUGAUAGUGAUUGGUUUGUUCAUCUUCAUGUUCCUAUUCUUUAUCCUGUUUGCUGUUGUGUUUGGUUGUCUCUAUCGGGAGGAAGAGACCAAGCCUGAAGAGGACUGACCUGACUUCCAGGGGGCUGAGAAGGCAGCAGGAAAAGGGGGCUGCUCUGCUUAUCUCAUACCUGCAGUGGGCCAUCCUGAGUCCUCUGUGGCUCAGAAAGCAGAGGUCAAGUACUGGAUCUGACUUAGGGAUUGGUCUGACAGCAAGACAGGAAGGCUGGUCUGAUACCAAUUCUCUAUCUCCCACCCUGCUGCCAGCAAGCAACAAGCAAGCACAUGGAGGUCUCUCUUAUGCCUCAGGUGAGAGCAGCAGUGGCUAACAAGGUCCUCUCACAGGUUCCCUGACCAGCCAGCAACUCUGCAAGUCCUUGACAGAGGAGGACACAAAAUCAC